AUGCCAUUCAUGGCCGUCGCAGUGUCGCGCGCUCGAGCAUUGAAAACAUUUUCCUCCACCGCACCGCGCUCGUACUCACGGUCAGUACUCAUUUUGCAUACAGAACGCUCCUCGUGCGACCACCUAGUCGAGUACGUCGUGUUCACGAAACACAAAAUAUACAACUCGCCGCCGCCGCCGCAACAGCGUUGUGUACCCAGCGUAAACAGGUGUUGCGGGGAACCCAAUCGGAGACCGACACAUCGAAAGGACGCGAAACGGACCACCGCCCAACUACGGCGCGGCGGUAGUACAGCUACAAGUAACCGAAAACCGUAG